AUGGAGUGGACGAAAGAUGAGAUCGAUAAAUACGUUGCGAAAGUCCGGCGACUCUGUGAGAAUGCACACGAGGUAGAUGUCUCAUUUGCACGCAUUUUCCUCCAGUUUUAUGUCCAGCUCAGUUCAGAAUUUUUAACAGUGUCCUCGGCUUAACUUUCAGUCAAAUAAAAAAGGGUUUGCCUUUGCUAAGCUGUACAAGGAGGUAUCGGACUAUGAGAGUGCAAAGAGGUUAGUUAUGUAGAACUUGUUCGAAACACUUCCUCUAUAGGAUUUUAGGAGUUUUGGACAACUUUAGCCGUACGUUGGCGAUCGAGUAUAUUUCUCUAUGGUUUUCCGGUGAAACUAAGCAAAAUUUAAAGUCAAUCCUGUCAUUAAUCUACCGAGGCCUUUUUCAGUGGGUGAUCAUGAUCGAUUUUGUUACCCCUGCACUUAAUAUCACAGGGAAAGAAUAUGUCUUCCAAUGUGGUUUAUCAUUGGAAAAUCCAAGGUUUAAAUUUCCAAUAUUGGAUGAUUGGAAAAACUAGAGUCUACUGAUAAAAAUCCAAUAACUUUUCAACAAGGGUUUUUCUCCUGAUGAGGUGGUUGGAAUAUUAUUGGAUUUUAAUACAUAGAUACUUUCACUUCUUUUGAAUCAAUUGAUUCCCCUCAGACUAGGGUCCCUCUCAGCCCAGGAAGGGCCUUACUGCUCUGUUAUCCAGUGAAUGUGUUGCUAUGACUUCCCUGAUUAGCCUCUCAAAUACAUGACCUGGAUGAGGAAAGUUUGGUGAGGAUGUAAUGAUAUAUCUAGAGCACUGCCAUAAUAAUUUAAAAUAAAAAAGUGUCUUUGCUUUUUUCCCUCGUUAGAUAUCUUGAAGCUUACAUUAGUGAAAAGGAGACUGACUUUAGGUAGGUAUUAUUUACACAAAUGUCAAAGAAUGAAAAAAGAAAAAAAAAUUGUGCUUGACUUUGAUUGAGAAGUUCUAGGCUAGCUCAGUCUCAGAUAGUUUGACAGCUGUAUUCAUGUAUUUAUAAGGGUUUUUUGCAACAUAAUUGUAUCUGGGUUUGUGCUCAGGAGUGUCAGGUGCUAAUCAUACUUAAUGUUUCCAUCCUUUUGAUUAUUUAUGGCAUGUACAUUUUGUUGUUUUGUAAUGGUUAUGGCACUAGCCAUAAAAAACCUUAGAAAUGAUACUUGCAGAAUGCAAUACUCUUGUCUUUCCCAAAUCACAUUUUUAAAACCUGUGUUUUGAUAAAGGAAAUGAACACCAAGAUUUAAAAGUUGCUCAGUUGACAUUUCCUUCCAAUCUGUAGGGGUCAUUGUCUCAUGGGACAGCUGUAUGAAGGAGUGGGUGAACUAGAAAAGGCUGUAGCUUCAUAUCGCAGGUACCAUGUGUUUUUUUAUCUCAUAUUUUGUCAUGCUCUUGAAGGUACAGUAGUUCUGAAAAUGGGCAUUAAUUUCCUGGGAUUUAGAGUCAAUCAUUAUCAUCAUCAUUAUUAUCAUCAUCAUUAUCAUCAUCAUUAUUAUCAUCAUCAUUAGCAUCAUCAUAAUAAUAAUAAUAUUAAUGAUAAUAACAAUAAUAAUAGUAAUGAUAAUGAUGAUGAUGAUAAUAAUAAUUAGCAACUAUUCAUCAUAGUGAAGGAGGCUAGUGGUGGAUAAUUACCGAGCCACAAGGUGAAGUAAUGAGCUGUUCUAGUAUGUACUGAAACAGUAUGAUAAUGUAGCUUGGAAACAUGAUUUUAACUCUUUAUUCCUGCAAUGAUUACAAUAUUUUUGGUGCAAAUUCCACACAUGUUGUUUGGAGGUGAAUGACUAAAGUUAUUUGGAGUUUAAGUGACCAAUCAGAGCAUGUCCUCCAUGCUAGCCUCUGUUUUAGUAAAUACUAUUAUUGGUUAUGUCAUGAUUAUGACAAUAAUUUUGAUAGUAGUCAUUAUGAUAAUAACAGUAAUUUGUAAAUGCAUGAAUCUUACAGGUCUUUGGAAUUGAAUAACAGUCAAAAGGAACUGGUUUUGAAAGGUCAGGGUGAUGCUCAAUGAAUUGCUUUUCAUUCCCUCAGUUAUAUAUUUUUAAACUACAAUUUAGUCUGCUUUCUUAUUUUGUAUCUUGUAAAAAAGCUUUCAAAUAAUGAUCAAAUGAAAAAGAACAAUAACAAUUGAAAUUAUUGUACAUAAUAUCUAUUUCAGUGGUAAAGUUGUACUGCAGUGUACCAGUUCACCCCGAAAGAGCUAAGGUCAGUUACUUUUGAACUCUUGACCUCAAAUGGUGACACCUUAAAAUGGUCUUUUUUAACCCUUUACAACCCAAUGUCAGUAUGCACAUUCUCCAUACUGCUCACUAUACAUUUCCCAAGGUGCUGAUAAGGAGAAUUUGUUUAACAAUCAAGAGCUUUUUAGUUGUAGAUUAUUUUUUAUAAUCUCGUGACCUUGAUUUGUAAUUCAGGGGUGAUAUUGUAAGGAGAAAUAAGGUGCCAGUCAGUCUUAGGGGUCAAAGGGGUAAUGUGGAUUAAUUUUGGUAAUUUACCAUGUAGGCGUGGGCAGACAGAGGUGCUCGUUUGUUUCCUGGUCAUCCGGAUGUGUUCAGUCUAAGGGUGAGUUUUGUUUUGAGUGAUAUGUUUUAAUGUUACAUGUAUCUCACAUUUCAAAGUAAUAUUGAUGUUGUUUUGUUAGUUAUGAAUUGACAAACUAACUGAUAAAGUUUUCUUUACACUAUAGUUGCAUCUCCUGGAGUCAGCUGAAGUUGUAGAUUAUGAUGCUCUUGAAGAUUUGAUUUCUGAGGAGCUGGUAAGUAUCUCUUAGACUAUUUCCUUGCACUUCCCAUGAUUAACAGUGCAAAUAAGUGGGAGGAAGAGGAUUUGACACACACACUAUACUGGUCUGUCUAUACUGGAUGUGACACACAUACACUAUACUGGUCUGUCUAUACUGGAUGUGACACACACACUAUACUGGUCUGUCUAUACUGGAUGUGACACACAUACACUAUACUGGUCUGUCUAUACUGGAUGUGACACACAUACACUAUACUGGUCUGUCUAUACUGGAUGUGACACACACACACUAUACUGGUCUGUCUAUACUGGAUGUGACACACACACACACACACUAUACUGGUCUGUCUAUACUGGAUGUGACACACACACGCUAUACUGGUCUUUCUGUACUGGAUGUGACACACACACACUAUACUGGUCUGUCUAUACUGAAUGAGACACACCCACACUAUACUGGUCUGUCUAUGCUGGAUGUGACAUGCACAUGCUAUACUGGUCUGUCUAUACUGGAUGUGAUACACACCAUACUGGUCUGCAUGCUGUAAACAAUAGAUGAUGUAACUAUUUCUGUUGUUUAUUUAGAGCAAAAGGCCCAGAGAGGUUGACUUACAUGUAAGAUUGGUGAGACUGUAUGCUGUGAGAGGUAUUUUACUACUGAUUGAUUAUAUUCCUUUUAACCCUCUCCCUCUCAAGAUCUCAUCAGUAAUUCUUCUUUGUGUCUACCGUACAAUUUUUGUAAUGUUGAUUCUGAGAAUUUGUUAUUGGAUCAACUUAUAUUCCCCCAAAUUUUUCUUUUAUUCUCAUCACUUGUUGGCUUGAUAUUGUAUUGAUGUUGUAAGGAGAAAUUAUUUGGCUUUUUGCAGGACGGCUUGAUGAGGCUUUUACUCAUUGUGUGACAGUUUUAAAAACAAAAGCCUUCCAAGACAGUCUACCAUGGAUUGCUUGUUGUGUGGAAAUGUUUGAGGUGAGACUCCAGAGCAUGACAGCUUGCAGUUGAGAAUUCCUCUACACUGGUUACUUGACAGAAUUAUAUCAUCAUUAAACCUGUUCUUUGCUUUGUUCAUUUAUAGAAAUACCUUGCAUCUCUAGAAAAGCACAGUAAGUAUUCAAUACUUGAUUUUUCAAGAAAUGCUUCUGUUUCUGAAGAAGGAAAAAGCUAUGUUACAACUGGCAGUUUUAUAAAUAAUUUGUGAUAACUUUGUAUACACUUAUGUAGACUGGAAAUUAACCAAGUCCUUUAUAUUUUUAGGGAGACGUUGUUUUUUAAAGUUUACAUUUUAUGAUAAAUUUAUUCAAAUUUCUCUUUCCUUGGUACUCCUGCAGUAUUGGAAGAUGAGGCAGUCAGUGCUGGUAACAGCAUGCUUGAUGUUCAUGCCUACCUUCUGAUUGCUCUUUGUCAGUUUUUGGAACUUAACCUCCAUGAAUGUAGCACUCGUGAAGUUAUCAAUGUUCUCUUCAGGUAGGCUUUAGGACAUACAUGUAAUAAACUUAGAAACCGGUUAAGUGUUACUGAACAGUAAGGAUGAUUGUCCAGAAUGAAAACUGACAGUGUGAAAUGAGUUGUGGCUUUAUUGAAGGGGUAGGAGGGAAGAAAGCCAACAGUGACUUUUUAUAUACUGCGAGAUUCUCCUUCCAAAUUGUCUUGUAUUUCCUGGUGAAAGAUUGGGAGUACAUGUUGCAUCAGACGUCAUGUACACUGUAGGAUUUCUGCAUCAGUUUCAAUUUUGUAUUUUUUGAUGAAGUCUCCUUAGCCUUCCAUCCAUAAAGACUUGUGAACACCUAUGUUCACAAGUUGACAGUGAUGAUUGCAAACAAAUAAAUGGUAGACAUUGUCAUAAACAAAACAAGGCUGGUGAAAUUUCUUGACACCUGUUAAACUAAACAAGGCAUUGUGUGCUUUAUUUAAACAUUAUAAAGCUGAUGCAGCAUUCAUUAAAAAUGAUGAAAAUUAAUAUCUUUAUAUUAUUUAAUAACUUUAUUAGGUUGGAUCACUGUUUGUUUAUGGCUGAUGGACGUAAAAUCCGCCAGUCACCAAGACGAUCCACAUCUGGUGGACCAACUGAGUGGGAAGUGAUCCUAGCAGAGAUGAAAGCUCAGCUUUACAUGUACUGUGGCACUUUGUUAAUUCGACUUGCCAAAGAGGUAUUUCGAGCAUCUUCCAAAAAGUGCUAUUGAAGUCAGUGGAAGUUAAUGAUGGAGAUGAUCUGAUAAUUUACCUGUGAACCGACAUGUGAUGUUUCCUAGCUGUGGCCAUCAUGAAGAUUCAUGGCACGCAAAAUUGUGCACAUGAUUGACUGUAACCCUAUGCAAUUUUGACAUUUACAUAAUUUUGAUCACUCUAACUUACAUAUAAUCUCUAUUGCUUUAAAUUAAUUUUGUUUCCAAGUGAUUGCAGAAACAAAUGAAGCUUAGCAUAGUUAUAAAGGUUUUGGAAUAAAGCUGUAUUUCUUAGAUUAAACUUACUGCUGUCUAAAAGUGUAUUAAAAUUGACAUUUACCAAUAGUAGCCUUUUUAUAAUGUUGUGUUAUGUUGUAUUAUGUACAUAUUCAUGUACAAAAUGUUGAACAGUAGUCUUAAAAUACUUGUCAGAAGUUGGUUUUUACAAGGAUUAAUUUUUUUUUGUUUCCCACCUGGAGACAAAUAUUUAUUGCUUCAGGUGUCUAUUAAUUGUCAUUGUAGAAUAAGAGUGUUUUUUUUCAGAUUUAUGUGGUGAGAAUCUGAUCAUUUUUCUUUCUUUUUUUCUACAGAAAUUUGUAACAUGGCCUAGAGGGCUGAGAUUUGCAUGUGCCUGUUACUUGGCAAGUGUCAGUAUUCCACCGCCUGAGACAAAAACACCGUGGGUUGCUAGAGCUCCUAAAAACAAAGACCCUCUCAAGUGGUACAUCAUGGCUUGCUCACGGCUCAGUCAAACUGGUUAAGUGUUUUUCAGACUUUAGUUUCAUAUCUGUUUUAUAUCCUAUUGUACCCUUUAACUACAGUUACCAUUGCAUAGCUUGAAAUGAGUACGUAUGAUGAGGGGGCUGGAAACAACCAUGUCUGGGAGAGGUAUAAUGAAAUUCUGUUGAUAGGUUUUAGCAAAGGAUUACGCCAAUCUUCCAUUGAAAGUAUUUUUCAAUCACAGGACAUUUCCUUAUGGCCACAAGAGACAAGCUUGGUCAAGACUGGUUGGAUAUGUGUUACACAGACUGCUGUUCAAGGCAAGGGAAACAUGACAUCCUUAGUACAAUUUACAGGGAUGUGAGAGAUUUAAAUAAAGUAAGCAUUGCACUGUAAAUAAAAGAGUCAUUGUGUUAAGAUAUGUUCUAUUCAGUUAGACUGGCAGGUUUAGAUACACAUACAUUUGGGGAAUGUUGAUGAAUAGCACAAAAAAGGUGUAAGCUUAUCAAAAUGUUUAGGCCUUUGAGGUAGUUGUGAGCAACAUACAUGUACAUUAGUACAAGAGAAGUGCAGAUACAUGAAAACAACUGCAUUUUAUAGUGCCACAUGAUUAUGGAAAUAGUUUUGGUAUUAAGUCAAAGUUGUGUUCAACAAAGUUUGGAGAUUCUGUUAUCUUUUAACAUUUAAGAGAAGCUCACCCUGUUAACCUCCUGUAGUGGAGUCUAAAGAAAAAAUUUGUCCCCCAAAAAAAAAAGUCACUCUUUCUGGGACUAAGACAGUUACAAGCUUGUCUCUUGUAAGAGUUCAUUUUCUGCUAGUGCUGUUAGAGAUAAGACUGAAUUAAGGAAUUUAUGGACUUGGAAUACACAUGUAACUUUGCUGUUUUGUUCAUUCUGUAGUCUUUCUUGGCUUGUGAUGAAGACUUCUGUGAGAAUGAGCUGAUAAUACCUGAAGUUGAUCAAUUGGUCAGUUGGGAUGAAGGUAAAGUGUAGACUGUUUCAUUGAUAGUGAUUAAAGGUCAUGUUAUUCUGUUGUUAGAAUAUUAGAAAGUUUUGUAGAUUAGACAUAAAUUAUGAAUUUUUCAAAACUGUGGCACAAAUGAUUCUUGAUCUUCCCUAGAGUUUUACCAUUAGGAGGUGUAAUAUAAUCUCAUGUGUCUUGACUUGUAGUGGCAGUUAGGGAGAAUCCUCGCAGCCUAGAAAAGAUCACAUGGAUUGGAUUACACUGGUAUCAAUACAACAAGGAAAUGAGGCCUGGAGGUUGGAUGAAGCUCCUUUAAACAUGACUGUUUUAUUAAUCAUGUUUGUUCUCAGAAUUCUUUCUGAUUAAACUUUGAUUUUCAUCUCUCAGUGGGUACUAUGGUGAAGGACAUUUUUCCAGAGCUGAGACUUGAUGUUCUAAGCAUUCAGAAACAGAUUGCUCCUAACAUGUUAUGCUUGAGGGACCUGGAGGUAACACAGAGAGUGUUUACGUUGUAACACAUGCAUUUGUAGCUAAUUUUAUAAGCAUUUGGAUGUGUUCCUUUGAGUUUUCAAUCGUGACAAGGUUUUAAAAAAGAACUUGCUGUCAGCUUAUUUCACAAGGUAGACUGUCAUGUUUUGCUAGCUAUAUUUCUUUCAUUAACCAUACAUGUACUUGAAGGUGUAGGCAGGAAGAUGAUACAACUUUAAAAGUAAAAGAUACCUAACACCAGUUUCUCUUCUCUAUCAUCUAACCAUUUAAAACCUUUUAUUUGACAAAUACCCUAAAACAACUGUUUAUGUACUUCUAGGCAUUUGUUUAUGCAAUUGUAAGGACUUCAGCAGCUAGAGUUUUGGAGGACAAAGACAUUGUUUAUGAGGAUUAUGAGCCUCAAAUUCUACCUCAGCCGCUUUGCAAUACUCUUAGCUUACCUGUUCAACAGGAGUGGUGGACAUGUGCUUAUAAUCUCUACACUGGAAAAUAUAGGUAUAAAUUUGUUCAAGUUGAGGGCUGUGAUCAAACUGUUUUCAUACCUGGUGUAUUUUUAUCCAGUUGUUGCAAAUUUCUUUGCUUUAAAGCUUAUUCUUAUUAUUCAGGUAAAAUGGAAUACUAACAGGUUCUUUGUAACAGUAUGGGGUUGGUUUGACCACCCUCUUAAUUUUCCCUGCUCUUACAGGAGUUGAAACACAGACCCCUGAGUGUGCCAGCUUACAAAGGGUAACAAUGAAAAAGCAUCCUAUUCAGGGGUUGAGGAAAUUCUUCUGGUUUUUGUGCAUUGAUAUUAUUUUGGCAAGCAAGAGCAAGACAACCUACUUGUCACAAAUUAUGAAAGAAAUAACUUUUGCUACGUAUAGUACAGGGUUUAUUUUUGUAAUAAAGCUUUUUUUCCUUGCCAAAAGUAACCUAUGAAUGGUUAAAAAAAGGUAGAAAGGUUUAAGAAUAAAACGUAUCCCUGUGAUUUUCUAUUGAUUUAAAUAUAAACCUAUUAAGCACACUUAAUUUGUUAUAUAGUGUUAAAGAUUCUAAUAGAACUUGCCACACUGUUCAGUGUGGCAUGGAGAAAAUACGAGCUGUGGAUGAGAGACAUGGUCUGCAAGUUCAACUGCUGAUCUACCUUGCCAAAGCCUUUGGAUCCAAGGUUGGUGUAAAGGAAGUAAUAUCAUUUCUUUUUGUGUUUUUUCCGUAUUCUAAGGUCAACUGAAAAAAACAUUCAGCUCACAAGAAUCACAUUGACCAGGUGACAGAAUACAAAUUUACUAAGUAGAGCAACAACUGGCUAUGUGUAUUUUAGAACUUUGUAAAUUACCACUUUCUGUAAGGUAGCAAAUGAAAUGUCAAUGUACUCAAUGUUGCGUCGUGUUAAGGAAAAAUGUGUUUGUUUAGUUUACAAGACGUUAUAUAUCUGUUGUGGUUCAAUUUUAUUUUCCUUUGUUUCAAAAUCAUUAUCAUACAUUACAAUACCCAAAAACAAAAGAAAAUAAAAUUUGAACCAAGGAUAAAAGUGAACCACAACAGAUCCAUUGUGGUGUUUCAGGCAACGUAUCUGAAGGGAAGUUUCCCAAAUCCAUGGUUCUAUGAGGAACAUUGGAAGGUCUGUAAUUUUACAUUGUACUUCUGAUCAGUAAACUAUAUAGUGAUUACAAUGCACUAUUGCAAGUCUCUUAAAAUGUGUCUCUUUUCUUUGACUGAAGUUUUUUUUAAUACUUAAAAUUACAGAUCAGUAGCUAUGAAAUUUUAGAAACUUGAAUUGUUUACUUUUCCUUAACAAACUAACUUAAUGUGCUGCUUGAUUUCUUGAUUUCAUCGUUUCAGAGUAUGGAAAAAUGGAGUUUACACUACUUCAGACAAGCAGCCAAAAUCUUGGAAAUGCACGAAAAGUGAGUUACAUUACUUAUGGCCAUCAUGUCGAAAUCCUUUUACUAUGUAUAAAACCCCCCUACUAACUUUCUACUGUUAUCUUCCUGUAAGCUUCCCUCAUCUUUUUCUGGACAUUUUACUACUUCUUGUGAGAUUCUAUUUAUGGGCACAUCAAGUCAAUGCUACCUGAACCCUAAAUUCUAAACAAAAUUUUCAUUUGUCAUUUACAACCUUUGGUAGUCUUUUCAUGCUUGUUUCUUCUUUGUCUCAUGUCUCUUCUCUAAUCAUUUUUUAUGCUGUGUCAUUCUGUGAUUCUGUUGUUUCCUUCAAAUUAAAGUUACUUCAUAAGUCACAUGAAACAAUUUCAAAUUGGGUUAUGUUCCUCAAAUGAACUUCAAAGUGCUUGACUGGUCUCCCACUGGGCAGGGAGAUUGAUUAGUUGACAACUCACUGAUUGCUUGAUUGCUUCCUUGUUGUCCACAGGAAUGAGUCUAUACCGUACUGUGAGAAUCCCUUAUUUCCUCAUGUAUUUGAUGAACUACAGGUGAGUGGAAUGAAAUAAUUUAUUCUCUGUUGCUUGAUUAUCUCGCAACUUAAAGUAUCUGUCACCAUAUCCACAGGAAAAUGAUUUGAAAACACAGUUUCAGUCUGUCCGAUUGGCAAUAGGAGGUGGCCUAUUGAAGGAAGGAAAGAUCUUUGAAGCCAUGGAACUCUUUGAAAUGGUCAAAACACCUCCAGGAUUGUACAAUCUUGCACAGGUGAGGGAGAAAAGAGUAAUCAUGUUCUGUGUUUGAAUUUAUAUGACUUGUUGAAGUGCUAGCAAUGUCUCUCAGGAACUUCACCAGGCUGGCCCUGAUAGGAUCAUCCAUGUUGACUUGCACUUCUGAAUUCUUUUCAAAUUACUUUAUUAGGAAUUUACGAUGCCCAAAUGGUAAAAUAGGAUACGGUAAUUAAAAAUAUAGCAUAGCGUAAGAUGGAAAUCCUGGCUUCCGUGCCAAUAUUUCUAAGGGUGGUCUUUGGAUUGUUACUAACUACAAAGCCAUUUUGUUGGUUUUUUUUUAUUUUGUAGGGUUACAAAUACCUUGCACAUGUUGAGCAAUGUGCAGCAACUGAGGAGUCAGAGGCAGAAACUACUUUGCCAUCCCAGUAUUACCAAAAUCUGCGGAAGGCGCGAGAAUUACUUCAGUCUUAUCUCAAGAUGACUAACCCCUCUGAUGUAAGUAUGAACCUAUCAUGACGCUAUUUAACCUGCAGAGCGGGCGUAAUUUUGGCGAGCGAGUGCUCAUUAUUUUCUUAAUGAAAAUUAUGACCACCCUCUUUGAUUUUAAUGGCAGCGGAAGGCUGGGAAGAGAAAGAAAUUUGUACCGAGGGGGCGGUCAACGGUCAAUAAUAAGGAGAGGGAUGAGGGUAGGGGAGUGGAGAUUAUCCAUGUCAGAGAUCAUUGUUAUUUUGCAAACUCUGUUCGCCCACGAACGGAGUUCUUGAUUGGUACUGUUAAGCUCCAGACAUCAACCACUCGCCCUUCUCCCGCCCCCUACCCUCGCCGUCCAGUCUAACUCCAAAUCAAACAUGGCCAGUCAGAUAAAAACGUUAGUUCGCCCAAAUAAGACGCCUGCAGUGCAGGCUAGAAUAUAUUUUGUUUCGACUGAAAUGUGCACAUCCAUGUACCAGUGUCUUAUGGAGAAACUGUUGAUUUAGUUGUCCACCUACGUCUCUUUCACGGAGUCUUUGUUUGCGAUAGUAUGACAUAAAGAAAGAUGUUUUCCGUCUUUUCAUGAGUGUGGAGCUGGGAAAAAAAAAGAUUUCCUGUGAGGAAUUCGGAUUCCAAGCAUCGAUUCUUUGCCAUAUUUACUCUAAUUCUUAUCUGUUUUACUUGAUAUGGUAUAAAUGGUGACAUGUUGUCAAGUUAGGGAUAUCUCACUUGAUAAUGAGUUGACAACUCAUAUAGGAUGUUCCCCACAGACCCUCUGUAAUGUAUUUCCUCAAACAGAGCUUACGUUCAGAACAAGAUCAAAGUAAGAAAUAUUGUUGUUACAACCCGGCACUCGUUGUAAAAUGCUGACAUUGAUAUUCUCUUUUCUUAGAUUGGUCGAAAGGCUGUCGUGGAUGAGCUUACAGAGAUAGAGAACUUGAUUAGAACUGGAGUUCUACAGUCCAAGCCAACAUCAGGUAGUAAGGAUUGUUCAGUGUGAAUACUAGAGCCUCAAGUCUUCAUUAGAAUCCCACGUAUAGUGACCGGAACAGAGGUUUUCACAGAUUUGUAUGGUAUUAAAUGUCUUUCGAAAAAUACUAGCCGCUAGUAACGAGGAAAGCUACAAUAGAGGAAGUUUAUGGGAAAGUAUUGAACCUAACACAGUAGGACAGCCUUAAAACCAACAUUAAAAAAGAGCCCAGAUUAAUUUUCUCUUUCUCUUUUUAGGCCAACGUCUAGACAGUCAUCACAGUUCGUCUUAUCCAGGAAGCCGGCGCAGCUCAACUAAUGCAUCAGAGGUACAGGAAUCCGAUGACAAUUUCUGGUUGGAACAGGUUAGAGUUCCAUUUGUUUAUGAGGUUGAAAUUGAUCGAUUCAUUCAUUUUUCUUCUGAAUGUCCUCGAGGCAGAAAAGAAUAUUUUCUCAGUAACGAAGAGAACUUAUCAUGGCAGAACUGAACAGUGAGUUUUCGUGAACCAGUCCUACUAAAUUUUAACAACACACAACGACUUCUUCCUUGAUUCCGCUGUGGUUUUCAAAUCGUAAGUUACAGUCAUGUAAAACAGUUCUCUUAGAAAUUUCCUGGGCGAUAAUACUACACGAUCAACUGUAUAAAAUGUAGAUUUUUCUGGUUUUCAGGCUGUGGGUUAUUUGUAGCACUUCACUUAUUUCAAAAUGUUGUAAUACUUUUCUUUUUUGAUUAAAAGGAAGAAUGUUUUCUCCUCAAUAUUUUUAGCCACAUGACGCCAGCACAAAAGAUCUGAUUGCUAAAUUGAGUGAAGUGACUCUUAAUAAUGGCUACCUGCAAGAACAAAUGGCUAUUAGAGAUGAAGCCAUGAACAGCAUGUCUGAGCAAAUACAACAUUUGCAGGUUAGCGCAAAAAGCUUUCACGUUAUUGAGUUUGUAGUUGAUAAUAUUUUUAAUGCACUACCUUCGUCAAGCUCUAUGAAAAUCAAAUGAACAAAUCUUGUUUCCCUUUAGAAACAAAUAAGCAUGUUACAGGCGUCAAGUUAUGGAUAUCUCUCAUUUCCUGAUGCCACUUCACUUUAUCCGAGUCCAAAAGAUCAGAGUAGACCUAUGUUCGAAUCCACGCCGGCUGGUACAAAGCAGAUGUCUCUAUCAGAAGGCGGAAAACCUCUGACGUCGCCAAGGAUCAAGGGAUCAUUGAAGAUUGAUUCAAGUUUCUUUGCCGGUUUAAGCGCAAGCAACAGCCCAGAAAAACGAGUAGAGCAGGUUGAGGAGCUCGUGACAUCACCUGUGUCGCCUGGAAGGCCAAGACACGAUUCUUCCACUUCAUAUACUGAAGAUGUUCAUUUCGAACCACUCAUACCCCUCCCUGAACGAGUUGAAGUACAAACAGGAGAGGAGGAUGAAGAGGUCAUGUUCAGUAGCAGAGCUAAGCUGUAUCGCUAUGACAAAGAUGUAUCUGCUUGGAAAGAGCGCGGUAUUGGCAUAUUAAAGAUUCUUUAUAACUCAGAGAAGGGACGUAGUCGAAUAUUGAUGAGACGCGAGGCAAUCCAUAAGAUUUGUGCCAAUCACUUUAUUACAGAUGAUAUGAAGUUGACAGAAAAGAAAGGCACAACCAAUGCAUGGAUUUGGAACACUUUUGCUGAUUAUUCAGAGGAGAUUGGAAAACCAGAACAAUUGGCAGUGAGGUUCAAAGCCCAAGAUGAGUUUCUAUUGUUCAAGGAAAAGUUUGAGUACUGUCAAAACUUACCAAAGAAAGAUACUUCUAACGUACAUAAAACGGCACAAUCUGCAAACAAGAUUUCCGACUUCAUGACUAAAUUGGCUCCAAAACCUGGCUGUUGGUCAUGCUCUGUGUGUUGGAUCUCCAAUGAGGAACGUACAUGUGUGUGCAUGGCCUGUGGAGCUGCUAAGUUGUCAGAGGGAAAUGCAUCUGUCUCCCCUGAGGCUUCCAAGUCUGGUUUCCAAUUGGUUUCGCCAAUUGGUUUACAAGGAAAACAUUCACCUGACGGUCCAUUUACAGUUAGAAAUGUCAAGACAGGGACGGCAUUUACCGCUGCAAAUAGUGCUCUUGGAACAUCGGAUGGAACGUCAAACAGCUUCCCUUUUAGUUUUGCACUUGGGAAAGAUGGUCAAAAAACUAUUGAUACCGGUGCGACUGAGUCGCAAGUUGAAUUUGGAGAGAGCGAUCUGCAAACGCUACAUACAGCCUCGAGCAAUUUGCCAUUCAGGUUUUCACUCAGAGAAGGUGUUACUAGAAUGGAGAACUCAAGUUCAAGUGGUUCCCCUUUUGCGUUUGGUACAUCAUCAGCAGGAAUAGCUGGUAACACGGCAUCUGGUUCCGAUAAAGGUGCCUUUACAAUGCCAGCAGGGACAAAGCCUUCAACGGCUCAAUCAUUUGUGUUGGCGCCCUUUGGAGUCCCUGCUAACGCUGACAAAUCAAACUCCCCGGCCUUCACUUUUGGCUCGUCAAGCAUGACUGGAUCAUCACUUCCUUCCUUGACGACAGAGAAAGCUGCCUUUGAAAACACCGUAUCAUUUGGCUCCUUUAAUACUGGGAGGUCCCCAACUUUUGAUCCAGAUUUAUCUGCAUCCGAUACACGGACAGAUCCUCUUCCAAGCGAGAGAUCUGAUGUAGACAGCCAAGUGCCACAAAAUGUUUCAGAACAUGCUUUGCAAGGUCAAACUUAUCCUCCAUUUUCUUUUAGUACGCCUACCACCAAUUUAGGAAUCUCCGAACAGAAAUUGUUUUGGCAACAACCUACUGGUAGCUUUCAGUUUGGUCAACUUCAGUCCCUUCCGCCUCUCGGUGGAGCUAAUUGGUGGCACAGGGGAACAGGGCCCCUCUCAGACCCUGCUAAAAUACAACUUAAGGGCACUUCACAGACGUCAGAAAUGUUGCCUCGACCGUUGACAGCUUUUCCCCAUGCUCAGAUGCAAGGGGCAUUUACUUUAAGUAGUAGACCCGUCAUGGAGUUUUCUAGCAGUGAGUUACUUCGAUGCCUUGCUGCUGCGAAAGAACAGCAAGAGUUAGUCGCUCCAGACUCCCCGGCUGAAGGCUAUGACUUUACACCUUAUGUUGUUGAUGAGCCAGGAGAGGAGUCUUACUCACUUGGCACAACCAUGCCUACGUCGUUUGAAGCAGAAGAAUAUGACCGUAAUGACGACGACGAUGAUGAAUAUGUUGAAGAUCUUGAUGAAUCCGAAGAUUCUGACGAUGAAACCUCAAGUUACUCUGCCACCGACGAUGAAGAGGAUGAAUUAGAUAAGUCUCCCGCGAGAAUUCCAGUUAUGCAACCAUCUCAAGUGCAGGUACAGUUUCAAUCUAGUAAAGGAAAUGUGGUAACAACCCCAGUGAAACCAAUUCCGAUUCAUUCCACCCCACCAGAGAGCGUUGGACCCGCCACUCUUCCUUCUCACAUGACUGGGAGACGUUUCUUGACAGCCAAAAGUCCACUAAAAGCAACGAAAAAGCAAGAUGAAGACUGUGUUCUCGUUUAUGAGGUUCGUGCCCCAAUGAGUGAUCGUGAUAAAGCAUGUCGCCUUUGUCUACCGUUAAAUUUCUUUAAUUACACUAAACAUGCACCAUGCAGUGGAUGCUAUGGUUGUGGAAAAUCAAAAGAGCCUAUGAUAUCAAAGAGAGAGAAUGAAGCAAAGAACACUAUGCCUAAAUUUCAAGAAAGUGAUUCAAGGCCGGAACAAUGCUUACCCACCUCACAUGUGUUUGGAGAGUCCUCUUCGAUUGGUCAACUGACAUUUUCAUCCCUGAAGCCUAGAGAAGGUGAUGCAUUUUCCGUGACUCAGAAAAAAGAAAGCUUUAAACCAUUUCAAGGAGCUGGUAAACAGUUAUUUGCUGAGACAAGUGAAGACGUCGAAGGUCAAGAUGACGAUAAACUUCACUUUGAGCCAAUCAUUGCUCUUCCAGAUGAAAUUCAAAUUGUGACAGGGGAAGAAGGUUUAGAUGUGCUGUUCUGCGAGCGAGCCAAGCUGUACCGUUUUGACAGUGAUUCUAGUCAAUGGAAAGAACGAGGGGUCGGAGAAAUGAAGCUCUUACGGCAUCCAAAGUCUUGUCAAGGAAGAGUGCUCAUGAGACGGGAGCAGAUAAAAAAGUUGUGUGCCAAUCAUUACAUCAGUGCUGGGAUGGAGCUCAAACCCAAUGUUGGAUCAGAUCGUUCUUGGGUGUGGUACACUCCAGCCGAUUAUGCCGAGGGUGAGGCGAAACCAGAGAGGCUCGCGAUCAAGUUUAAGUCUGCAGAAAUUGCUGGAAAGUUUAAGGAGGUAUUUGAUGACCUCAGAGAGACAUUACCCUCAGAAACUAGCACUGAAAAGGAAGUAACUGGUGAUGAACAAGAGACUGGCUGUGCUCUUUUUAAGCAAUUCAUGUCGAGAUUUGCUCCUGCGCCAGGCUCGUGGACGUGUGAAGUGUGCGACGUUGACAACGAUGCCGAACAUUUGCAAUGUAAUGCAUGUAACUCUGUUAAGACUGCAAGAGAACCUCAGAGAACUGUUUCCAUAGGAAUGGAAGAAAAUUUGAAACCCUCAGGACCAAUGUCGAAUGCUGCAGUCCCUCAAUCAGAACCAGCAAACACCGCUCAAGACGUCAAAAAGGAGUCUUGUCAAGUUGCAUCUAUUUUCCAAUCACCCGAUGGCUCGGCACUGGCUAGCUCGAAACUUUUUACCAUCGGACGGGGAGAUCCAAAUGAAGAAAAAGAAGAUAAAAUUUACCUGUCUCCAAGCAAGACAUCUUCUCCCAGUCAGCAAGGAAUUAAGCCCUCAACGUCUCCCGGACAGAGUUACUUACCCAGUAGUCUUCCGUUUGGCUCAACAACACCUGUGAAGUUCACUUUCAGUUUGACAGUUUCACCUGGGUCUCCAUCUCGUAAACCUAAAUCACCAUCAUCGCCUGCGACACCGUCAUCUCCUGAUAGUCCUAGCCGUGGAGAAGAUGAUGGCCCGUACUUUGAGCCACUGAUACCACUUCCUGAUAAGGUGGAAUGCCGAACAGGAGAAGAAGGCCAAGAGGUACUUUUUUGUGAACGUUGCAAAUUGUUUAGGUAUGACGGAGGUGCAUCGCAGUGGAAAGAAAGAGGUGUUGGUGAGAUCAAGAUACUUCGUGACUCAAACUCUAAUAAAAACAGGAUUUUAAUGAGGCGUGAACAUGUCUUGAAACUCUGUGCUAAUCACAUGAUUUCUACGGAUAUGGUGCUGAAGCCUUUCCCAAACUCUGAUAAGGCAUGGCUGUGGACAACACUUGCGGAUUUCUCAGAAGAAGAAGCCACAGCAGAGACUUUAGCUGCGAGGUUUAGAACUAGUGAGGUUGCUGCUAAAUUCAAAGAAACUUUCGACAUUGGUACACAGGCGGCUGUAUCAAAACCAGAGAAGGGUCCAUCCUUAUCAAAACCAGAGAGCAAGCCUCCGGACUCAAGAACAUCGGAAAAACCUGAGGAAGAUGUCAUGAUAAUGUUCGAGAAAGGAGUAACGGCUGAUCUAAAGGAGAAAGCCAAACGGCUUCAAUUGCCAAGUAACUUCUUCGGAUAUGAAUGUUCGGCGCCUGAAGUCAGCUCUGAUCUGUCGGAAACUGAUGCGAGGUGAGUAACCCUAUGUUAGUGUAGUGGAAUUGAUAUAGUUAUGCAGCAUCGAUAUCUCGAUCUUUCCAAGUUACGUUAAUGUAUAUAUGUCUGAACUUCAUAUAACACACUGCGAUAUUGAAUUGACAGACAGUCAGACCAGCCGACAAGUGAUCCCAUUCCCGAGGGAAGUUCCACCACGACUUCAAACAAGACAGGCUUUCUUUUUGGCUCUGCAAGUGUGUCGUCUUUGACCUUUCAAUCCAUCGUUGCAUCUUCACUGGGAAGCAGUCCUUUUGGACAGAAGACACAAGGUACGUUUGGUGGUUUUUCAGGAGCUGGGUCACAGCUGUUUGCCUCCCAAAAUGCAGACGAAGAUGACGAAGCAGGGGAUGGUAACCAUGAUGGACCACACUUUGAGCCAAUUAUUCCUCUUCCUGAAAAGAUAGAUGUUAAAACUGGUGAAGAAGAUGAAGAGGUAAUUUUUUCUCAUCGAACCAAGCUUUAUCGUUUUGCUGCUGAGGACAAGCAGUGGAAGGAGCGAGGAGUUGGGGAUAUAAAGCUUUUGAAAAAUAGACAAAGUGGAAAGAUGAGAGUUCUGAUGCGGCGGGAUCAGGUGCUUAAAAUAUGCGCAAAUCACCAGAUAACCGCUGAAAUGAAACUACAGCCGAACGCAGGUUCAGAUAGAUCGUGGGUGUGGAGCACAAUGGCAGAUUUUUCAGAGGGCGAAUGUAAAGCUGAACAACUUGCUGUGAGAUUUAAAUCAGAAGACACCGCCAAGCUGUUCAAGGAGAAGUUUGAAGAAUGUCAGGGAAUGCUGAGGAACCAAACACCAGUGAAGCUUCAAGUAACACCCAAAACUACAGAUGCCAAAGAAGAUCUCGUGACCAAGUUUAAACCAGCUGAGGGAUCAUGGGAAUGUAGCGACUGUAUGGUAAACAACGAUAGUGAUAAAGUGCAGUGUGCAGCUUGUGGAAAUGUAAAACCAGGAGCAGAACCAAGUCAAGGCCAAAAGAAAGAAGCUAAUGCGUCGUUUUCAUUUGGUAGCUCUAGUCUUUCAUCCUCUGGUGGAGGUUUUAUGUUUGGCUCUGGAGGUUCAAGUCAAGAGGGUGAUACCAAACCAGUUUUCACUUUUGGUAGUUCGAACCAAAGAUCAAAUCCAAGCUCAGGAUUUUCAUACAGCUUUGGCUCCUUAAAACAAGCAGGACCUGGAAGUGAACAGCAGACAGAGGACAGCAAUGGCAAUCUUUCUUUAUUUAAUGAACAAAAGGCUGAUGAGGAAGCUGACGACUCCAAAGAUGACCACGACCGCCAAGAACUUUCGGAAAACCAAUCAUCAGCUAACCUGGCCAAAGAAGAGAGAAUAAAUGAGGAUGCCAGAAAAGACGUCAUGACGAAGUUUCAACCUGCAGAAGGAUCAUGGGAGUGUGAGAUUUGUAUGGUGAACAACGAAAGAGAUAAAGUCGAAUGUGCAGCUUGUGGAAGUGUAACGUCAGGAACAGAAGUCAUUAAAGAACAAAAGCAAGAUUCAAAAUCACUUUUUCCAUUUGGGUUUGGUGCUUCGUCAUAUGGCGGAGUCUUCUCAUUCGGCUCUGGUGGAACAAGUCAAGGCGAUUCAAAACCAGUUUUCACUUUUGGCAGCCAGAACCAGGCUUCCACCCAAAGCUCUGGAGUUGCAUUUAGUUUUGGCUCUAUAGAUCAAGGAGAAAAUUUGAGCGAACAGGAGACUAAAAGAAACCCUAAAGCUGUUUCCUUGACUGACCCAGCAGACAAUGAAGGAGCUGAUGAUACUAAGGAUGAUCAAAACCAGAAUAUUCAAGAAGGGGUAGAUGUCAAAGGAAAAGCUCAAGAGGAAGAAGUUAGCACAGAAGAGGAUAGUUCAACCUUGGAAAGGUCAGUUUUGUGAGUUGUUUUUGGCAACGUGUUUAGAUCGAAAUCAAGUAGCUCUAAAAAAGUUCCGAGAUAAAUAAACUUGGAAGACAGAAGAGGCACAGAUGUUAAUUCAAAUGGGGUGCACAAAUUGAAUUGUCCAUGUUUCCAAAGUUUUUAGCAAUGAUGUCCUCGCUCUACUUCAGGGAAACGGGGCUAAACGCUAACCCAUGGAACUGAUGAAUGGGAAUCGAAGUCCGAGACCUUAUUGGUGAUGGCUGUUUUUUGUGUUAUGUUUUGUUUUUGGAGCACAUAGAAGCCUAUAUAAAACAUAAGAGGCUCUUUUACCUAUAAUACUUCCAAAAUUGAAGGUAAAUGUAAUGAUAACUGAUCCCAAUAAAAUUGUUGUUACCGGUACUAUCGAAAUUAUAAAUCCAAAAAUUAACACAAUUUUACUUUUUUUUUCUGCUACAGUGACAAGGACUCGGCACCUACCAUGCAAGACACAAAAGAUACUUUGCCAAACAAGGAGCAAAAGUUCCUAUUUGGUUCUCCCAACGUAUCGUCAUUGUCAUUCCAGUCAAUCGCCAGUUCGUCUCUGAGCAACAGUCCAUUUGGGAAGAAACCAACUUCCGGUAAUUCCCCGUCUGGGUUUCAGGGAUCAGGCACCAAACUAUUCACAACCCCACAUUCUGCAGACCGUGAUGAGUCGACAACGGAAGGGGAUAAUGAAGGACCACACUUUGAGCCUAUAAUCCCUCUACCUGAAAAGAUCGAUGUUAAAACAGGGGAAGAGGAUGAAGAAAUCAUGUUCUCCCACAGGGCAAAGCUAUAUCGUUUUGUGGCAGAGGACAAGCAGUGGAAAGAACGAGGAGUUGGAGAUAUAAAGCUUUUGAAAAAUAGGCGAAGUGGAAAGAUAAGAGUUCUAAUGCGGCGGGAUCAAGUGCUGAAAAUCUGCGCCAAUCACCAGAUAACCGCUGAAAUGAAACUAAAGCCUAAUGCAGGUUCAGAGAAAUCGUGGGUAUGGAGCACGAUGGCAGAUUUUUCAGAGCAAGAAUGUAGAGCUGAACAACUUGCUGUGAGGUUUAAAUCAGAAGACAUCGCCAAGCAGUUCAAGGAGAAGUUUGAGGAAUGCCAAGAAAUGCUAAAGAACUCGACACUGAUGGAGUCAGGAGUAAAACCGAAGUCCACAGAUGCCAAAGAAGAUCUUGUAGCUAAGUUUAAACCAACUGAGGGAUCGUGGGAAUGUAGCAUCUGCAUGGUGAACAACGAUAGUGGGAUCGCAGCUUGGGAAUGUGAAAGGAGGAGCAGAGCAUCUGCAAAUGGUGAACAAACGAUAGUGAUAAAGUUUGGCUCCGAUGGAACAAACCAAGGAGGUGUUACAAAACCAGCUUUUAUUUUCGGGGGUUCGAAGCAAACGUCGAAUCCAAGCUCAGGAGUUUCAUUCACCUUUGGUUCCUUAAAGCCAGGGGGACUUGAAAGUAAACAGCAGUCAGAGGAAAUCAAUGUAAAGAAUCAUUCAUUAAAUGACAACGCGCCUGAUGAAGAAGCGAAUGAGAACCAAGUCUUGCAUGAAAAUCCUGAGGGAAGGCCGUUGGUGUUGGUUAAAGAGGAAGCGAAUGAUACCGCCGGCGAUAUGGUGGAGAAAGCCUUAACCAGAGAAACUUGAAGGAAGGAAAAACCGAAAACCGUUAUUUGCAGAGAAGAACUACUUGAAGAACAAUAUGACGAAAGUAGAAAUUUGGGAUGCAUGAAAAUCCGAGGGAAUUCGUAUGAUAAAACAUGGUAACCAGAGAAGAACCUUGAAGAAUGAAGUAAAAAGCGUUUAAUGUUUAAGAUAAGGUAUAAGACGAUCAAGGUAGCCGUUGAUAUUUCUUUAACUGAGAAAUGAAAUAAUGGUUUAGAUGUAAUUAAAAGCAUACGAAAGUACCAAAGUGGGUUGCGGAAGUCGGCAUUCGCGCAGAGCAAUCUUUAAAUGCAAUUUGGCUUUUUAUGCUGGUAAAUUUUCUGCAAAGUAAGUGUAACAAGAGAGGAGCUGCUAGUUUAUUCCUAAAGCCCUUAAAGAAGAGGGCUAAAGCUUAAACGAAGACAGAUCGCGAAGACUUAGAACAUAUUAUCUUUGGUAGGUAGGUAAGCUCGCUAAUGUAACCAAAAUUAGAUCAAAAUCAUGUUCUUUCGAUUAUUUCACCAUACCUGCGUUUGCAAGACGAUCGGUUGAGAGAAAGUAGAUUAAAAGAUGACUCGCGUUUUGAAAGAACUUCGAGAAGAUAGGCAGUUUGUGCGAUGAAGACGUGGUACCAUUUGCACAUAUAUAGAACUGAAAGUCAAAGAGAGCUUGUCUUGCUCACAACGACGUUCAUAAAUAGAACUCAGUUAUUGCUUUCUAACCAUUUAAUAGUAGAUUUUUGUCCUUUAGUGGUUAUGAUUUGAUCGAAAACUGGUGUUGUAAUUUUGGACAAUCUCCUAUACCGUGAAGGUUUAUACGAAGUUAUUAAUCUUGGAAGCAGCGAUUUUUUGUGUAGUUAUUUUCUUGAAUAGAAAUGCACUUACAUAACAGAUUUGUCUUUUUUUUCCCAAGAAAGAGGUC